AUGGCUGCCUCCGCAACGACGUGCUUGACAUUCCUGCUGGCCAUGACACUGGCGCUACAGAGUUCCUUAGCCAACCGGCGCAUGAUUUGCCACUACACCACCUGGUCGCAGGGACGUGCCAACCCUUACUCCUACCGGAUCGAGGACAUUCCAGGCGACCUUUGCACGCACGUGGUCUACAACUUUGUCGGUGUGGACAGCGAAGAGUACGAGCUGACGACGCUCCAGCGCGAGAUCGACAUCGUGCAGAACGGGUUCGGCCGGUUCAUCGAUCUCAAGCAGCGGUUUCCGGAUCUGAAGCUGCAUGUGGCCAUCGGCGGGUGGGAUCACGGUGGCGAGCGGUUCAGCAAGAUGGCCGCGUACCGGCAACGGCGGCAAAAGUUUGUGGCGAGUGUGAUGAAGUUCAUGUCCCAGUACGGGUUCGAUGGGCUGGAAAUUGUCUGGCUCUACCCGGGUAAUGAGGAACGCGGUGGUGCAAAGAUCGAUAAGGACAACUUUUACUACCUCAUCAGUGACCUGAAAUCCGCCAUUAGAAAGGCGAAAGCUUCGUGGGAAGUGGCAAUACAAGUGCCAGCAGAUCAUACGAGAUUAGAGCUCGGUUAUCAGCAGGACGCGUUGUGCGAAAUCGCUGACUACGUCCAUGUGAUUGGAUACGAUCUGCGCGGCUCGUGGACCGGAUUCGUCGAUGUGCACAGCCCAAUGGUGGAUCGCCCGCACGAUCAGGGCAUCUACGCAGGAAUGAACGUGCAGAAUGGUGUUGCGUCGUGGCUACAGAGUGGCUGCUCUCCGGACAAGGUUAUCCUUGGCGUUCCCUUCCUGGGUCGCACGUUUCUGCUGCGCAAUCGGGUGGAAAAUAGCCUUGGCGCACCAGCCCGGGGACCGGGACCGAAGGGACCGCACACGUACUCCGAGGGAUACAUGGGGUACUUUGAAAUCUGCGAAAAGUUCAAGCAGGGUAACUGGAGUCAAAUGUGGGAUUCGAUUGGCCUGUGUCCGUAUGCCUUCCGAAAUUUCCAGUGGGUCGGCUACGAGAAUGAGCGAUCGCUGCAGGAGAAGGCCCAGUGGGCGAUCAGCCAAAAGCUAGGUGGUGUUUAUGCGUUCUCGUUGGACUUGGACGAUUACCGGGGAACCUGCGGUGAGCCCUAUCCGCUGAUGAACGCAGUUUCCAAAAUAAUCAAAGGUUCGAGUGGAAAUAACAUAGUGUCGGCAUUGGAUCGGUUUGAUCAUUGA